CUUUGCCAAGCCUCCUUUCCCCUGACUCGAAGCGAUUUAUCCUUUGCUACCCUCCUCACUAAUUCGAGCAAUCGCCUCGUCGUCGCCGCCAUCGUUGCCCCUCUAAUAUCAGCAGCAACGCUACCACUCUUUCAACAAAGCGCUCGACUGCCCCACACUCAUUACGAUCACCAGCCAGCUCCUGUUCCAACUUCCCCACGGCGCCCCGUCACACGACCUAGACCCUCACCUGCAUGGUCUUCCUCAAAAACCACCUGCGUGCGGUGCAAGACGAAUACCAAGCCGCAUAUGGCUCUGGCAACGGCGAUGACCAAGGUCACAGCCCCAAUCGCCCAUCGCUCUCUUCCUCCCACCGCCCCCUCGCGGCCAACAACGCCGCCAAUCAGGGCGGCACCCGUCUAGUCAGCGCAUACGACGUAACCCUCCUCGUCCGAUCAAGAGACCCAGUAGCAGAUGCCCACGACCCGGACUUGGAACGACAUGACAUUCCAUCACACCAUGUUCCAUCGCUCGUUUCAGUAGCCACAAAGCGCAUGAGGCAGCGCUCCCGCACCACCGAAGGCCGCAAGCGGGACAGAGCCAAAGCCAAAGCCAUUCGAGCAGCCGAAGCGGUCAAGUCGAGCAGCGGACUACCACCACCCCUACGCAGGGCAGCAGGCAGCAAGCGCUUUGCACAACCAGCAGCAUCUCAGCGAGACUUCUCCAGCUCCGCACUCCCUCUCCUCAGCUUCCAAAACCCAUGGGACUCCUUCAAGCCCCCGACCCUUCUCAACGUCUGGUCCGGCCUGAAAUGGGGUCUCCCCGAGGAAUACGAGGAGGGAGGUCACUCAAAGUAUCGCGGCUCAGGACGAAGGGCCAAAGAGGCUGUAGCCGAGUAUCGGGCUGCGGAGGCUGAACUUGGCAAGGAUUGGGCAGACGUACACGUUCAGACGCCCAAUUGGGGAUGGGUAGAGAGCGAGCGACAGACUUGGUUGGAGGGGCCGAAUGUCGAGCGCGAAAAGAAAGAGGAGUUGGAAGGAAUCGCAAAUGGGCAGCCGGCUGCGGAAGAGAAUUUUGGAAAGCGAAAGGAGUGGCAAGAUCCCAGAGCGGAGGAGGCUAUGGAUCAUGCGAGGGUGACCUGGCUUGGACACGCCUCGACGUUGCUGCAGCUCCCUCCUCUCGCCGAUCCCGUCACUACCGCCUCCUCGAGCGUAGAGAAUAUUCCGGGCGAUCAGGCGGGCGGAAUCGACGAUUCGCUCGAUGAAGAUCAAGCACGCCAGCUGAUUCGUGGCGUAUCAAAUCUCGACGUCAAUGCUCAAGCCAAGGCGGGAGAAAAGACGCCACAAAAGCGAUCCAUCGUCAUCAAGGCGGACUCGCCUGGCAAGGCUGCGAUUCGUCGUGAGAAGAGUCGCACGCAGCAGCAGGGAGAGAGGAGCCAGCCUCAGCAUCAGGAGCGACUCGCACCCCCGCCAACCUCAGACGCACCUACGAACAGUAGCGCCGGCGGCGGCAGUGCCACUGGCAGUGCGAGGCCAACUCCCACGACGGAAGACGCAUUCCCCGUGAUCGAUAACGUCCGAGAUCGGUCCGUGAACCUCCUUUUUGACCCCAUCUUCAGCAAGCGCUGCUCCCCCUCACAGAACAUGGGCCCGGCUCGCUUCACCGAGAUCCCCUGCUCCGUCGAGGACCUUCCGCCCAUCGACAUCAUCUUGCUCUCGCACGAUCACUACGACCACUCGGAUGCGGAGUCACUCCGCAAGAUCAGGAAGAUCCGUGGCGAUGCCGUGCACGUGUUCGUUGGACUGGGAAACAGGGAAUGGCUCUGCUCUGCUGCGGGGUUCAAGAAGAGCCAGGUAUCUGAGUUGGAUUGGUGGGACGAGGCUGUCUUGACGGCGAGUGGGACCUCCCCGGCCAAGCAAGGGGACCCGGCCCGCUCGGCAUUGAGGAUCAUCUGUACGCCGGCGCAGCAUGGCAGCGGCCGAGUGCCAGGUGGGAAGGACUCGACACUUUGGUGCUCGUGGGUUGUAGAGCAGAUUUCCCCGCAGGAGCCAUCUGGCAUCCAGCCGCCGUCCGAAGUCAAGGCCAAGGGUUCCAUCCAAGCAUCCAGCUCAUCUCCUCCCGGCCCCCCUACGCCAUCCCCCUCACCUUCCACCCGCAAAAGAUGGCGCGCCUUCUUCGCGGGCGACACUGGUCUCCGCAGGCAUGGCGAAAAAGCUACGAAUCGCAGAUCACCAGUCUGCCCCGCCUUUGAGGAAAUUGCUCGCAAAUUUGGCACUCCACACCUCUUCCUCCUACCCAUCUCAAUCGGCUCGUCACUCUCCUACCUUCGAUCGAAGGACCCUUUCCCGCGCAGAUACUCCCCGUUCCCUAGAGUGAGCGAGGCGCUCACUAGCUGCAUUCACAUGGACGCGGAGGAUGCGGUGCAGAUGAUGGAAAUCAUGACUGGAUAUGCCGCCAAAGGGAAGGAGGAUGGUGGAAGGGAUGAUGGGCUGGGAAAGAGUGGCGGUCCGCUUGCUUUGGCAGUGCAUUUCGGGACCUUUGUCAGGAACGCGGAGCAAACCAAGGCGGACGUGAGGAAUCUGAGGGCUGCGUGUCGUAGGCACGGAGUUGGCUUUGGGAGAACAAGGGAGGGGCGAUUCGAGAUGGCGUCCAAGGGUGGUGGCGAUAAUGGACAAAGCAGUGGAGGUACUUCAGCGGGGCAGCGUGGUGGUGGUACCUCGGGCGGUCGAACAAUGUCCACGCUGACGACUACGGCGGGUACGGCUACGGGCUCUGGCUCUGCGGACACGGCCGUGCACACGAAUGGCAGCGCAGACCCGGCGGCAGGCGGUGCAUCCGAGAGGAAGGGCACGAAGACAGACAUGGGCAAGGGGAAGUUCCUUGUCGCUGAUCAGGGGGAGACCGUCUGGAUCAAGAUGGCAACAGAUCUCGCGGAGGGUGCUGCAAAGAGCAAGGAAAAGGAGGAGACUAGCUAGAUGACUGGCAGCCGACAUAGACUGUAGACGGCAAGACGUACGAGCAGAUACCCCAUCCUCUGGUCUCCCCGCCCACAUUUUCUCCUUUGAGAUCGACUCGCUAUUACCUUUUCAUAGAAGCAAUCAGUAUCGCAUAUUCCCGUC